CGAAUUUAUCUCUUCACUUUCUUCUUCUCUUGAUACACAUUCUCCUGAAGCUUUGUUUUUCCUUAAUCACAGUUUCUAGAUCCUUCUCCAAAACAACGAUUCUUGAUCUCUAUUUUCGGAUCUGCUGAUAUUUUUAGAAAUUUUAGUUGUUGUUUCGAUUUUAGGGAUUUGUGUGAAGAACAAUGGAUUUUCCAGAGAAUUUGCCAUCAGAUAUAGGAAGAUUAGAGCAGAUUGUUUCUCAUUUCUUCCCAAAAGCACUACACAUAGUUCUCAAUUCUAGAAUCCCUUCGUUGCAAUCUCGUGGUCGUAGUCGUGAGCGUUUAUCAGGUCUUAAUGUUAGAAAAAGUGAUAAAUGGUUUAAUCUUGUUAUGGGAGAUCGUCCUCCUGCGUUGGAGAAAUUGCAUUCUUGGCAUAGGAAUAUUUUGGAUUCUAUGAUUAUUGAUAUCAUUCUUGUUCAUCCGAUUUCAACCGAUACUUUGGAUGUUGAUGAUGAUCAUCAUGGUGAUUCUACUGUUAGAUCAGCUGAGACUGUGAUUGAGCGUUGGGUUGUUCAGUAUGAGAAUCCUUUGAUUAUGUCUCCUCAGAGUUCUGAGUCUGCUACGCGUUAUCAGAAGGUUUACAAGAAAUCUAUUAUUCUGUUGCGGUCUCUUUAUGCGCAGACUCGGCUUCUUCCUGCUUAUCGUGUUUCUAGGCAGCUGAGUUCUUCUCUUGCUUCUUCUGGUUAUGAUUUGAUUUACAAGGUUUCAUCUUUCAGUGAUAUAUUCUCUGGUCCUGUGACGGAAACAAUGAAAGAGUUUCGUUUUGCUCCUGUUGAAGUACCUCCUGGUCGUCUUUGUGCAUCGGUUACUUACCGUUCUGACUUAUCUGAUUUCAAUCUCGGUGCUCAUAUCACAUUGCCUCCGAGGAUAAUAACUGAUUAUGUAGGAAGUCCUGCAACUGAUCCUAUGAGGUUUUUCCCUUCUCCAGGGAAAAGUGUUGAAGGCAAUUCCUUUAUUGGUAGAGCUGGUCGGCCUCCAUUGACUGGUUCAUCUGCUGAACGUCCGCAUAGCUGGACCAGCGGCUUUCACAGACCUCCAGCUCAAUACCCAACACCUAACCAAUCAUUUUCGCCUGCUCACUCACAUCAAUUUUCACCUGGGUUACAUGAUUUCCACUGGUCACGUACAGAUGCAUUUGGUGACAAUCACCAGCUUUCACCUCCUUUUUCGCCAUCAGGUUCUCCGUCUACUCCAAGAUACAUAUCUGGGAGUAACAGUCCACGCAUUAAUGUGAGACCAGGGACUGCUCCAGUGACCAUUCCUUCUUCAGCCACAUUCAAUAGAUACGUUUCAUCUAACUUCUCUGAGCCAGGUAGGAAUCCACUUCCUCCUUUUUCCCCCAAAAGCACAAGACGCUCCCCUUCAUCGCAGGACUCUUUGCCUGGGAUUGCAUUGUACAGGAGUUCUAGAAGUGGAGAGUCUCCAUCUGGAUUAAUGAACCAGUACCCUGCCCAGAAGUUGUCAAAGGACAGCAAAUACGAUUCAGGACGCUUCUCAGGAGUUCUGUCUUCGAGUGACUCACCAAGAUUCGGGUUUUCUAGGAGCCCCAGUAGAUUAUCUUCCCAAGACGACUUGGAUGACCCUGAUUGUUCAUGCCCUUUUGAUUUCGAUGAUGUUGACGAGUCAGGACUUCAGUACAGCCAAAGUCUUGACCGGAGGAAAACUUCAAGCUCUAUAUCACAGUCGCUACCUCUAGGGAGAAGGUCAUCACAGGAUGCAGCUGUUGGUGUUCUGGUUCACAUGCUGAAGACAGCACCGCCAUUACGACAAGACUCGAGCACUUACAUGGCGUCAAUGUCUGGGGUUCAGAGAGAAGGUUCAGUGUCAGGUACAGAAUCUGAAUUUUCGAUGGCUCGUAGCACAUCAGAUGCACUAGAGGAGCUGAGAAACUACAAACAGCUCAAAGACUUGCUUCUCUCCAAAUCCAAAAGUGGGUCUGGAGCAACUCGUGUCCACUGAGCCAAAUCGAAGAGCGAUCAAGAUAUGAGUUAUCGGAUGGAUGUUUGUAAAUAUGGAUUUGAUGACGAGUACUUAACUCUGUUGUAUAAAUGCCAAAGAGCAAUCACGUUUCAGUUUCUGUAAAAGAACUUGCCUCUGAAUAUGCACAUAAAAACUAAUAAAAUUUGAAUCAUUUCAUUAUGAAGUAGUGAAAUUUAUAGAGGGUUUUGCUGUUGUUGAUCAAUGAUUUGUUUUCUCAUCAGGACCUCUUUCUAUAUGAAACAUGGAAUAUAUGAUAGUUCCUAUU